UUUAUACAUCUUCCUAAUUGCUUCUCUCUCAUCUUUCUUCUUCAUCUAGCUACAGUAUAUCUACAUAUACAUUCAGUGGAUCGUCGAUCGAUGAGGACGAUUACGAUGGAAGCAGCCGGCAGGCACAGCCACAGGGCUUCUUCUCGCGAUCUCCGGAUCAUGGACACUCCCACGUCCGUCGACUGCGCUAGGGAAGUCCGCUUCCGCCGCUGCUUUCGUACCCUUGUCGAGUGCAUGGUCCCCUGUUGUGGUUUAUUCCCUCAAUCCUAUUCUUGUGGCCGCGCCUCCUCCGCCUCCCCUGCCGACGUCGCUGUUGCCAAUAACAGCUCAUCAUCAUCAUCCGUACAGACCCCCACUCCCAACCCUCCCAGCAUCGCUGCUACUAAUUCCGCAGUGGUAACCGGCACCUUCUUCGGUUACCGGAAGGGGCGAGUGAGCUUCUGCCUUCAAGCCGACACCAGAAGCUCCCCUCUCCUUCUCCUGGAGUUCGCCGUUCCCACCGCCCACCUCGCCCGGGAGAUGCAGCACGGCCUCCUCCGAAUCGCACUCGAGUGCUCCACCACUCCCCCUGUGCCCCACCCUACAUUUUCCAAUACUCACAACUACCGGGGUCCGCUCUACGGCGUUCCCGUCUGGUCCAUCUUCUGCAACGGUCGGAAAAUGGGGUACGCCGUCCGCCGACAGAUGACGGCUGGGGACGCCACGGUCCUGAAGCUGAUGCAGUCGGUGUCGGUGGGAGCGGGGGUGCUGCCUGCAGUAGUGGGUGGGGUCGGCGGCAUUAAUAAUCAGUCGACGGAGGAGGUGGUGGAGCUGCCGCCCCCAGAAAGGGAAGGAGACGCGCUGAUGUACCUACGGGCCAGUUUCGAGCGGGUGGUCGGGUCGCCCGACUCCGAAGCCUUCCACAUCAUUAACCCGGUCGGUAGCUCCGCCCAGGAGUUGAGCAUAUUCCUUCUCAGAUCAUGAUAGGCAUGAAGCCUUCACUCUAUAUUACUAAUAUAAUUUGGUGUGAUUAAUUAAGUAAUUAAUUAAUCAUAUACCCCUCCCCCUCAAAUACAACCCAAUUCAUCGUAUGCACCAACAUGCGCAUGAGGGGUCCUCCUUAAUUGAGUACCCCCUUCAAUUCAUCCACUUCCUUAAUCAAAUACCACACCCUUCCCCCCCACUACUCCAUUUUUCUCUUCUCUUCUCUUUCCAUCAUCAGCUACUUCUAUAUAUAUAUAUAUAUAUAUAUAUAUACAUCAGCUGGUAGAGCGGCGAGGACACAUGCAGGAGUCGAUCGAGCAUUUUCCUAAUUAGUUGUAGUGUUAGUUUUCAGGUACAUGUAUGUUUAUAAUUUUAGAAUAUUACUAUUAUACUUUUCAGAAUAUUUGAAGUUUGUACCUUGCAAGUCUUUAAUAAUUAAAUUCAUAACAGUUUUAUAUGUUAUUGA